CUUCGAAAACAUGUUUUAGAGAAUGUAUUUUUAAAUAACAUUUCUUUAAACAUAAAAAAAACAUGUCACCAACGAAAGAAAAUUUACGGGAUUCCAAUUGGGAUUCAGGUUCAGAAUCAGAUAAUAAUCAGUCAGGAUCUUCUAGAUCAAGCCACAGUGGUACACCUAACUCUAAUGCUGCAAAUUCAACACAUGAUAGAAAUUCUGAUGAAGUUGAUGCUCGUUCAAUAGGUUCAAAUGUUAGUGAAAGAUCUUCCAGAUCCAGUAGUCCAUCUGCAGGAGAAAAAAUAGAUUCUAGACAAAAUUCCAAAAGUCCAUCUCCAGUUAGAUCAGAUUCUAGGCACUCAAGUGUAGGAUCUAUGCAUAGUGAGAAAUCUGGCUCUCAAAGAUCCAAAAGUGGUAGUCCAAAAUCAGUUGCAUCAAAUAAUAGUGACUCACAAAGGUCUAGAUCAUGUUCUCCACAAGAGAGGACAUCAGAAAGUCCAAAAUCUACAGAAAUGGUACAUUCUCCUGAUUUUUCAAGAAAUGAACCAGCAGAAUCUGAACAAAAACCAGAGAGUUCUGAAGAAAAUAAAGAGGAUAAUGAAUCUGAAAAAUCUUUGAAGACAAGGGACAGUACAAAAUCAAAUGAUACUGAUGGAGAAGCAAGCCCAGCUCAAAAAGAAGGUAAUAGUGGUUCUGCUUCUGAAGCAGAAGAUGGAGUGAAAAGAGCAAAACCAAUCAUAGAUUCUGAUUCAGAAAGUGAAACAGCAGAGAAAGAAGCCUCCCUAGCUCCAACAGCAGAUGCCCUUUUUGGAGAUGCUAGUGAUAUUAGUACAGAUGAUGAAAAAGAUAAGGAAAAUGAAAAGAAAGAAAAGAGUCGUAGCAGGAGUAGAAGUAGAAGCAGAAGUAGAAGCAGAAGCAAAAGCAGGAGUAAGAGUAGAAGUAGAAGUAGAAGCCAAGACAGAUCUGAUAGUGGUGGUGAAGGUCCGAGUCAAGCAGUUAUUGAAGAUGAUGUAGAUAAAGAAAAAGAAGAAGAACCAGAACCUCCACCAGAGACAAGAAUUGAUGUAGAAAUUCCAAAAAUCACCACAGAUUUGGGCCGUGAAAUACAUUUUGUAAAACUUCCCAAUUUUCUUUCAGUAGAAACGCGGCCAUUCGAUACAGAAACAUAUGAAGAUGAAAUUGACGAGGAAGAAACUUUAGAUGAAGAAGGUCGAGCUAGGCUAAAGUUGAAGGUUGAAAACACUCUUCGUUGGAGGGAAAUCUUUGAUGAUCAGGGUAAGGUUGUCAAAGAAAGCAAUGCCAGAUUCGUAAAAUGGUCUGAUGGCAGCAUGUCUUUACACCUGGGCUCUGAAAUUUUUGACGUAUAUAAGCAGCCACUGCAGGGUGAUCACAAUCACCUUUAUAUCCGCCAAGGCACCGGUCUCCAAGGCCAAGCGGUGUUUAGAACUAAGUUAACAUUCCGUCCACAUUCUACAGAAUCCUUCACUCAUAGAAAAAUGACAAUGUCUUUGGCAGAUAGAUCACAGAAAACUUCUGGUAUAAAAGUUUUGUCACAAGUAGGAACCAAUCCAGAUCAAAACAGAUAUGAGAUGAUCAAAAAAGAAGAGGAGAAAUUGCGUAUGGCAAUGCGAGUUCAAAGCAAAACAAAGAAGAGUUCUGCAGGUAGAGGAACAACUGGAAGACCUGUGGGUGGAUAUGGUGGUGAUACUUACCACGAUGACGGUUCAGAUGAUGAAGGUGCAAUUUCUCUUGCAGCAAUAAAAAAUAAAUAUAAAAAAGGAAUGAAUAUUCCUGUUAAAGCAUCAAAUAUAUAUUCAUCUGAUGAAGAAGGUUCAGACUUUGAAACCUUAAGACCAAAGAAGAAUAUUAAAGGAAAAGUUCUUAAGGAUUCAGAUGAGGAAUCAAAUUCCGGAAGUGCUUCGGAAAGCGGCAGAGAAGAUGACAAUCAGGGCGAUAACGCUAGUGACUGA